AUGGUUAAAGAUGCCUGGUCGGCAGACCCUGGCGGCUAUGGACAUUCCGGCGGGGACUUGCGCUUCUUCUCACGGAGUUACGAUCCGCAGCAAGAGCUGAGUCCGGAGGAAGAGCCUCAAGUUCAAGUGCACGAAGACGGCUUUCCUCUGCGCAUCAAGCUUGAGCAGAAGCAAGUGCCACCUUCUGUGCUUAUGGGCAAGUGCAGGCGAAGCCCGCUUACCGGCGAAGUGAUCCUGCACGUGGACCCCUCCUAUCCCGACUUCCAGGUGGUGGAUCUCGCUGGCCGUGCUUGGCUGCCCAAGAGCCGGACUUACCUGGAAGAGGACGAGUAUCUUUUUCGACCUGUUCCUCUCAUGUACAGAACUUGGCUGUACCAGUCUUUCUUCCUUCGUCCGAGCGGACUUGGCAAAGCAAACGAUUUGGACUACGUCGUGAGACAGGCGUUGUCAGCCUUCUGCUUGGAUAUCAUGAUCUGGGAUAACAGAUGGUCGCCGGUCAUGGCGUAUGCCUUUAUCAUGUUUCUUUCUUCGCUGACUCUGGACAGCACGAUUAUCGCCCUCUCUUGCGGUCUUGGGCUGCUCACGUGCGCGUGUGCCGUGGCAUGCAACCACGCGAAGAUCUACCAAAGAGAACGAUGGGUGUCACUGCCCUUUCGAUUUGCUUUCCUUUGCUACAUCCUCAUCGCGUUCCCGUCAGCCACCGUGCUCGAGGUGAUUGGCUCUACGCUGCUCUUCGUGCUUGUCUCCGUGGAGAUCAUUCUCGGAGACUGCUUUUUCUUCCCCUCAUACAGGUUUCAUUGCAGCUACCGGAUCUUGCGGUCUCUGGGAUGUCGUGUCUACGUUUGCGAACGAGAGGGCGCUGUCGGCAUGCCGGCGGUCGUCGGCAGGACGCCCGAUAAAAUGCCACAUCGCAUCGUGCAGCUUCCCAAGUGGACAACGCAGAACCACCUCAUUGUUGAGCUCGAGGGACUUAUGGUGGAGCUGCGACCGAUGCGAAAGGAGGACUGGAGCAAAGCUGCGCAGGAAUUCUCGGAGACCAGUGUUCCUAUCACAUAUGUCAGUCUGCCUCUUUGCGAGUACGACGGUCCUGACAUACAGGACGAAUCUGACGACGAACAGGAUCGACUGCCCAAGAAACUGGCACGUGGCGCCGUGAGGGGCUCCACACACUUGGAAACUUUGCGAGCUUUCCGGCAAGCCCGCGAAAUCUACGGGGGGAGCGAGCAACUAGAGUGGAUGAUCCAGGAUCUUGAGUACUCGUGA